AUGCUACGACUUUGCCUGCGUCAACUUUGCCGCACCCCCGUCCUUAAGGCAGGCGACUCUGUCAGUGCAUGCCUUACGAGCUCUUCACACUGCGACGGGAAACCUGCGUCGUUGGAGCGGCUGCUUGCGCCGUUCGUUCCCUUCACAUUUACUGCUCUCACGCAAAUCAGUCGUCAUGUUGAUGAGGAGCUUAUGGAGAGAGUAGCUGAGGAGGGGGGGCUGCGGAGCUUUCUCAGCAGCCAUCCGGAGUUGUUUGCCCUCUCCAAGGUGGGCAGCGUGUACGUGGCACGACGCCUUCAACACCGCAGUGCAGUGUUCACGCCUUCAGGUGAUGGCGCCAAUCCCUGUUGUCGUCAUAAAGAAACAGACACCCAACCAGCGACGCGGAGCCUGCAGAGGAGGGAAGAUUUUGGUCCAUUUCCAAAGAUACAGCGUGCCCCUUUGGAGGUGUUUCGCCUGUUCCCUACCUUUUUUCUGCCCACCGAGGCGUUACGGACACACCUAUGUGAAGUAUUUUCACUGGCGCCAUCAAACUCGGCAGUCAACGAGACAUUGGCUUCCACCGUGCCCCCCAACACGGGUCCUGAGGCUUUGGCGGACUUUUUUAUUGAGAAAUACGAGGAAUUUAUUGACGUUAUCGUAGUGAAAGAUACGAAUGUUGAGAGUGGAGAAGCGCAAAGUAAGAGUUUUGUGCGCCUCCGGCCGACUUUUGCAGAGCGUGCCGCAUUCUAUGAAAAGGAGCAACUGGAAAGUACAGGCAGCUAUGAGGGAUGCAUCAGUCACAUUAUGGAGGCGUAUAGAGUGGAGGAAUAUGAACAAUACCGUGUGGCUCGUCUGAUUCCUGUUGCGGAAAAGCUAUUUCCCAUUUCUGCUGAGAUGCAACAGCAGGCCACUGUGUUACUUCCGGAGGGACGAUGUUUAAUUCACGUAUUUGUGUCAGCACCGGACCUCUUUGAAGUGCAGAAUACACCAGAGCUGUCUGUUCGCUUUAUUCUUGACCCCCGCUUCCGACCGACCACUAUGUGCGCAAAGGCCGAUAUUGAAAGGCAGUUAGCUGAGAUUAAAGAAUCUCGCGUUAAACACGGUCUUAAAAUACCGAUAGACCGAAAAAAACGACGAACUUUAACGCGACAGCUGCAGUUUUACAUCCAACCUACACCGUACCUUGAUGAACGUGUUUGGGCCUACGCACUUCUGGAUCUGCUGCCGCUGGACGGUCCGCUAUUGUUGAGUAGUGCCCUCUCCAAGCUUCCACGGGAAAUGUUGGAUUGCUCUCCACCGAACGUGCAGCGUUUUCUUCUGAACUAUACACAUCUGUUUUGUGUGAUUGAGGGAGACCGUGAGAGACUGCUACAGCGUGCAGAUAUUCCUGCACCCGAGCAGCGUUCUGUGUCAAGUGUCGACACAGAAGAAAUACUGCUGGCGCUGUACAAUCUGUAUCCACGCCGUAGACAUCCUGACCGUGGUACUUGUCUUGAACGUUGUAUGUAUUCCAUGCCACCGCUGCUUCGCGCCCGGUUGUGCCAGUUGGACUUUGUAGAAGAUGUACUGCGUAAGCAUCCUGACAAGGUAGAGGUGCUUGGUGUGCUUGACGAGGAACUACUGAAGAGUGACAAGUCUUCAAAUAAGCGGCCACACAUGCUGCAGGUAUUUCGUUUCGUUGGGGAGUACCAGGCAGAGUUGAUCCGACGCUAUGAGGCAUUGUGUGCCAAAAUCGGCCAAGACCCCAACAAAGAAAGGUUGAUAUAG